AUGCAGGUAGGCCGCGAUUGGAUCAUCGUUUCGGGCUUCUAUAUCGAGUUCUUCGUCGGGAUCUGUAUGCUCGUUGCUGUCGUUUGGCUGGUGCUUUUUCGGAGGACGGAGGUCAAGGAGAGCUGGAAGAUGCACGCCCGCAUCCGCUACUACUUCGGCCUGACCCUCAUCGCCACAGGGGUGAAUCUAGCUCUCGGCAUUUGCGGCACGAUCUACGUCGCCGGCGGAAAGAACGAGUAA